UGUAGGUAUUAAGAAAUCAAAAAAGUAGCCAUACCUUACCUUUUACUUAAUAUUUGAAUUAUUGCCUGAAGUAUCCUCCGAGGUACUAAAAUCAUUGAAAUAGAUACUCCAAGAGUUAACUACUGAUUUCAUUACUGAAAGCUAUUGGUAUCAACUCAUAGUGAGUACUACAGCACUAUAAUACUGGUUCCAGGUCCCAGCUUUGAGCUUGCAAGAGCUUAAUUUAGAGUCCUCAAGAAGAUCUAAACCACUAAUCAUAAGACACCAAUUCUUAAUAAGAAAUAUGCUACUAAAGAGAGCAUGGACUUGGAGUAGCUUUUGCUGUAUAAUCCUCUCGAGAUGUCUCAAAUUUUGAUAUCAAGAAGAAAAAUCUUUGCUGCGAAUUUUGACACCUUCGAGAUCCCUGAUAAAAGAAGUGAAGAGGUGGCAAAACUCCUAAUUUUAAGAUGUCAUCAUAAUAGAUCACCACCGACAGUAGCCAGAGGAGGAGGACCUUAUUGACUCCAUCGAGGUCCAAGAUUUCCCCAGUUUCCUCAAAGAAAAGUCCAGUUGCAGAGGAAAAGAUUCAACACUGCAGAGAACUUCUAUAAUCCAUCACUAAAAAACUACAUAAAAUAUACUCUCAUUGCUAUCAAAUAAGAGCUCCAAUCUGUAUAAGAGAAGAUUCUUCACGGAAGAAGAAUUCAAGAAAAUGAUGCGUAUAGCAUAUCAAUCAAAGACUCCAAAAGAAAGAAGGUCAAAGGAAACUUGCCCAGCAAUACCGUUAAGACAGAAUUCACCGAGCUCCUCAAAUAUAAAAGGCAUAAUAAUCUCUCAUAUACUUAUUCCAGAGUGGACAGGAGAGAUUGAAAGAAAUAACUUGAAAGCAUUAAGCUCAAAAGUAAAUAAAUGGCUAAAACUAAGCAUCAUUAGUAUUUAGUCAAGGAAUGCCAGUGUUAAUAAGCUUUUGAGUUUCCAAACCCAGAAAUUGACUCUGCCUGAAGCUGAUUAAGAUAUACAAUAUCUGUAAGAUGAACCUUCAAUCUGA